UUUCAAAACUAUUUUGUUUCUCAUAGUUACAAAACAUUAUGGCCAGAAUAACUGAGGAGCUCAUUAGAAGAAGAUCAGAACACAAUAAUCUUGAAAUAACGACACUAGAAGAAAUAUCCCUACACCAACAAGAUAUAGAGAAGAUUGAGCAUCUGGACAAAUGGUGCCGAAACCUUAAGAUACUCUACCUUCAGAGUAACCUCAUUCCUAAAAUAGAAAAUGUCGGGAGGCUUAAAUAUUUGGAAUAUCUUAACUUAGCUCUUAACAAUAUCACAAAGAUCGAAAACCUCUCAGGUUGUGAGUCUUUGCAGAAAUUAGAUUUUACCGUUAAUUUCAUUGGAGAUCUCUUGAGUAUAGAGUCUUUAAAAGUUAACGAACAUCUAAAGGAAAUCUACCUCACUGGUAAUCCUUGCACUGACUAUGAAGGAUAUCGUGAUUUCGUAAUUGCUACAUUGCCUCAGCUCCAGUGGCUUGAUGGUAGAGAGAUCACUAAAUCUGAACGAAUCACUGCUCUUCAAAAGCUCCCAGAGUUAAGACAAAGUAUAGAGAGACAGCAGCUUCUUUAUGAAGAAGAAAGGGAAAGAGAGAAGGAGAGAGAGGAAGAGAAGGAAAGAGAUAAGGGCAAGCCUGGUUUUAAUUCCCGAUGGUACACUGAUCCUAAUGCCCACGUUGGUCCAGAGAAUGGAGCAACAACUAAUAAUAAAAGAGACACUGAGGACAAUGAAGAUGAAAAUUUUAUGAAAGAGCCUGUAUCACAUACUCCUGAGUCACGUAUCGCUCUUCAUAAACAUCUGUCAGAGAAGAGACAAACAAAGACGCAAGAAACCAAACCAGUUCAGAGAGAGAGAAGGUUAGAGAGAAAUGGUGUCAUGCUUAACAUCAACGAGGGAAAAUAUGACUUUCAUCUAACGGAAGAUGAUAAUAAUAAUCAAUUUGUACUUGAUGUUUCCUGCCCAAGGUUCAUGGAUUCUUCUCUUGUUGAUUGUGAGGUACAUCCAACAUUUGUCAGAGUUCUCAUAAAAGGAAAGAUCCUACAGCUGGUAUUACAAGAAGAGGUUUCUCCUGAUCAAAGCGAAGCUAAGAGAUCACAAACAACUGGUCACUUGUUGGUGACAAUGCCUAAGUCCAAGCCUGUUCUUAGACCCAAAAGGAAUGAGACAAUGACUAAAGAAUCCAAGAACAAGGAGAAAGACAUCGGAACAGGACAAGCCCAGUCAGACUUGCUGUUAGAAGUGUCUCAGGACAAACCGUCCAUUUUUAAUAUUGUGAAAGAGAGCGAGACACAUGUUAUUAGUGACUCCCCUCCUCCUCCUCCUCUUAAACCUGUAUCAGAUGAUUUUAUUGAUGAUCCUGAUGUUCCUCCUUUGAUCUAACUUGA